AUGACAGGUUUUACAUUCAAAAAAUAUAAAAAUACUCCAUUUACUAGGCCAAUAAUUUUUCGUAUUUUAAGAAUUUUACAGCUUUUACAUGCCUUAGCCUGUCUAUCUAUAGCACAGUUUGUUAUGUUUUCAAAUUAUGCAAAAACACAAAAUUUAAAGAUUUCAAAUUAUUUCAAUGAAAUUGGAAUUAGUGGCAGUGGUGAUAAAUUGAAAUCGUUAAUCAGUUUUAGGGUUGGACUAUUGGGAUUGAUCGAGUAUAAUGACACGAUAACUUUGAGCGAGAGCACUAGUUAUUAUAGUUUGAUUGGUAAAGGUGGAUUAUGGAGUGGUAUUGAGAUAUCUAGUGAAGGUGACAAUAUAAAGAAAUUCGAAACUAGUCUAAUUGAUAAUACUAAAGGACAAAAUCUUAUAGUUAAUAUCAUUGGAUUCAUCACUGGGAAUGCUACAAGAAACAGCGAAGGAAUAUUGUUGAGACCUUCAAGAUUAAAAUACACUCUAUCGUUUAAAAAUUUUCCAUAUAUUUACAAAGACUCGAAGAUAGCAAUAUUGCAUGCUAUAUAUUCAUCGUCGACUUCAACGAAAAAAUAUGAUUUAACAUCUGUCAAUAUAUUAGAAGCAGGAAGAAAUUGUGGGGGUGGAAGAGAUAUAAUAAAUGUCGGAAAAUUUGAAUCGAUUUCAACUGUUUUAGCAGAUGGUAAAAAAUAUGAUUUAUUACUAGAACAAAAAGUUAUAUGGAAAGAAUCAAUUGAAUUGAUUAGCAAUAUCAAUCAUGUCAAUAACAACAUAAAUAAUGAAGGUGACGAUCAAUAUAUAAUAAAUGCUAACAAUGGUAACAUUAAUAUUAAUGAUGAAUUGUUCGAGUUGAUAGCAUUUAAAAUUCCAGUGAUACAACCAACUGAAGUUAUUUGGGAUCCGGAGGUUGGAAUUGAUGACCCCAAUGAUUAUUAUUAUAAUGAAAAUAAUGACGAUGAUGGUAAAUCUAGUAAUGCUGUUAAUGGUAAAGCUGUUAACGCUGUUCUAGAAAAAAGUUGUUAUGCUAGUUAUGCUACAAUAGAUCAUGACUACCCAGAAGUAAUAAAAACAGAAGAUGGUAAUAAUGAACCAGCCCCAGUACCAUCAUGGAUAGAACAUACAUGUAUAGCAGAUCUUAUUACAAUAUUGCUAAUACUUGCAAAUACAACAUUAUUCAUAGUCACAUUUUUUUCAUCUAUAUUUGUGCUCAGAAAAGCAAAAAAUAAGGAUUUGUUGGAAAUAUAUAAUGAGCAAAAUGAUGAAAACGAGUUUGAUGUUGGCGAAUUGGCUGUUGAUGACGCGGUGAUUGUUGAAGAAUGUCAAAAUAUGAGAAAUAUUGAAUCGAGAUAUUCUGCUGUUGAUGAAAAUUGGUUGAAAAGAAUAGUAGUUGAUAGCAUUUAUACCAAAUUAACAUCUAAUGUAAUAGAAGGCGAAAUACCAAUAAAUUGUCCAAACGAUUGGAAAUAUCCUCAUCAAUUCAAUGAUAAGAAUAGUAUUAAGGAAGCUUGUAAAUAUAGAUUAUAUAAUUUGAUAUUUCUUUGGUUGACAAUAUCUUUACAUAUGAUGGUCAUCCCCAUAUUGUUGUAUAAUAGAAGAAGAACAAGAGUCAUUGAAGAUUCGGCUGAAGAAGACAAGAAAAAAAGGAAUCCAAAACCAAUUAUUUUAAGCACGAUUGGAUUUAGGAAACAUAAACAAAGCAAUCCGUCAAAAUCAAAUACUUCCUCAACAUUAACUAAAUAUAGUAGAAAUGGAAUACCAUUAAUACAUCAGAAAUUAAUAGAUCGUCAAACAUUUUCAUUCUCUGCUGAAUUAAUAUCUCAGUUUGAUAGAUAUCGUAUGCAAAUGCGUGAAAGCAUUAGACAUGAAAUAGAUGGUGACGAUGAUUGGAAAGUUAAAAAUUCCAGUUUUAACACUUCCAAUACCAAAAAUACCAAUAAUAACAACGAUAACAAGGUAGUGGAUUUCGAUGCAAUACAGCAACAGCCUAUAAUUACGUCAGAAGAUGAUGAACAUGACGACGACAAUUCAACAAUAAAUAAUAAUCGAUCAAUAAACAAGAGGAAGAAACAAAAGAAAAGUACUAGUAAAUUAAAAUUAUGUUUUUCUAAACCCAAAAAACAGAAAAGACGACUACAACAUCAGCAACAAAAUGAUAAAAAGUCAACUUUUAAUUUAUUUAAAAAAAUAUUUUCAUAA